AUGGACGUGCACUCUACGCGAGGCGAGAGGCGACUGUUCACGAUGGACGUGCACUCUACGCGAGGCGAGAGGCGACUGUUCACGAUGGACGUGCACUCUACGCGAGGCGAGAGGCGACUGUUCACGAUGGACGUGCACUCUACGCGAGGCGAGAGGCGACUGUUCGCGAUGGACGUGCACUCUACGCGAGGCGAGAGGCGACUGUUCACGAUGGACGUGCACUCUACGCGAGGCGAGAGGCGACUGUUCACGAUGGACGUGCGCUCUACGCGAGGCGAGAGGCGACUGUUCACGAUGGACGUUGACGAAGUUCUUGUUGUAAUGAUCCUAUUAUUGUUUAAGAAAACAAAGAAAGACAGCCAUGGAAAGUAA